AGGCUUAUGAAGAUUCUUCGAUCUUUGUACUCCCCCCCUUUGCACUCUCCUUGAUGAUUUCGAUUUACUGUGUUGCAUUACAUUACUAUCAAUCGUAUUGAUGGCAGCGUGAUGAGUGAAUGAAUUACUACAUUCAGAAAGUGGAGUUGCGACUAACCCAUUUGGUAUCGCGUUCUUUUGCUGUUAUUGUUCUUGAAAGUCGCCAUUUUGGUUGUAUCCUCCCCUUGAAAUGAAUAACUUACACGCCCUUAAUAAUUAAGCGUCAUUGAUUCCAGCAGGAACACGUGACCGAAGCGUCAUUGUUGGUUGUACUACGUUGAUAUUGAUUGCACCACAGGAGCAGUUGUACUAGGUGCACGCCUAGUAAGCGUCAUUGAUAGCACAAUUGUACUAGUUUUAUUAUCCCACCCCAGCACCGUCACGUAUUGCAGCAGCACUCCUAGUUGGUCCGACCCCAGCACCAGGUCCUCUUUGAGGAUGCGGAAAGGACCGUUCUUGGGAGUGGUGGGGGCGAAGGGCGGCGGAAAGAAGGGCGCGUUUAAGGGUCAGGGCUAUGCGGCAGGUGGUGUGCAAACGUCGAUUUUAGUGUCGGGACAGGCCGGCUACAACACAUCGGCAACCGCGACUCUGAUGCACGUUGGAGGCGACACCGCAGCCGCGCGCGAGAGGACGAGGCAGUUGCGCGCAAAUCACCACUUCAGCGCCACCCAGAGUGCGGAUGACGGAACCUUCUUGCCGGAAGCGAAGCUAAUCGCGCGAAGCAUAAGCCGCAGAACGCACCGCGUGGCGUGUACGGGCGCUACCUGUCUCUGUUUCCUGCCGCUUCUCGCGUGGGUGCUGUGUCUUCUUUUGCUCCUGGGAGUCUACAACGGAUUGGACGAUGACCUUGCGGUGGGCGCAGUGACCGUCAUCUUCGUAUCGCUCGUCGCGUUUUUGCCGUUGCUCUGUUGUGGCGGCGUCCCACUCGCUUUGUUGGCGUACGCUUUUCGCCGCUCCAGGCACGGGCGAGGGAUCUUUGCGGGGUCCGACAAUUUUUGGAACACAGGUGGAAAUGUGUACGACAGUUUUCGAAAACAGAUAGCCUUCGAGGCGUUCUCGAAUCGGGCACGCUGGCUCCGCUUGCUCUUUUUCUUCAUGGCACUGUUUCUACUGCCGCUUGUGCUCGCGUAUGCAACCUGGCUGUUAUGUUUUCCACUCGCCAACAGCGAGAAGCGGGUUCUUCUGGGUGUGCAACAGUGGCAACGAUCGCCGCGCUACCUCUCCUCCUUGCAGUGCUCACAACUGGAUAGAGUGCACUAUGCAAGGCGGCGACUCUCAAACUACUACCGCCCGGAGGGGUCACCGACUCGGUUCCCAAAAUUGUCUGACAAUGAGGACGCGGCCCGCGCGAAUGAGGUACGGGACUUUUUCAAUUCGUAUAUUACUCCAGGAGGUGUAGACACUCCAGUGUUGUAUACGGAGGAGAGUCUACCUGCGUCGCAAAUCAAUAAGCUGGCCAAAGUAGGAAACGAUGACAAAACCACAGAGCAGUGCAAACCUGAUGGUGAUGAUUAUGAGGAAAGUAAGUGUGAGGUAUGCGCUGCUUACGAUAAAAUCAGCGGCCGGCGCUGGGAGUGGACUUCGCAACAGGUCGCAAUGCUCGAGGAUACACCAGCGAAAGGGAACGACGCCGCAUCCCCAGUCGCCGCAGGCAGUACUACUGUAGGCCACAGGCUUGGAGACCUCUACCGGCAACCGAAUUUCCCUCCGGCAGCAACAGCAGAAGAAAGAGUGUCGUUUCAGAUCAAGCAUGAGGACAAUACGGCACCAGAUCUGGUCAAGGGGAGUGAUUCGCUUCCUGCGUAUCCGAUGUUUGUCAGGCCUGAUUAUUCCUCGCUGCCUUCGACAGCGAGUAACCAAGUUACUCUCGUUUUGCGAGACCUUAAAGAGAGCGGCCGCGACGCGUCCUACGAGACCAUUGCUCCACUCCAGGUCCUCAGUUAUCUCCCAUCUUUUUCCGUGGGAGUUGAGUACCUACAAACCUCGUGGACCAAUCCGGCAAGGGAAGUCGAGCGGCUCUGGGACUUCACCGAUGAGAGGGAUGACAAGGAGGACGGAGCACCUUUCAGUCUGGAUUCGCAGUUCGAGCACGCGUCGGAUCUAAGAGCACUCCCGGCUGUGCUGUAUAUGAAUGUCACUUACGGCUUCAUCCUCUAAUUAUCCAUCUACAACUCUUUCAUAGUAGAGGUAAGUAUACAUCUCUAUGUCCCUCAAGAACAGUAUGCAAGAACCCAAUCCAAGGGACGAGAUAGUGGCCGGGCAAUAUGUACAGUUCUUGCGGGAUCCUCACAAGUAGGAUGAACAAUGAAUAGGGGGAAGCUCUAAGUCACCAGCGGCGCUAUCGAUCCUUUGCGGUGGGAGGAAAUCGAUCGCGCUGCCCAUAUUACAGAAAGGAUGCAAGCGCAGGGUGUCACAAACCCAGUGGAUGAGCGCAAUCCGUUGGUGGACGACCGUGCGGCGGCCAAACACUGGCACGUUCCGCCGACUGUGGGCAUCGAACAGCCGAAAAUAGAGAGGAUGAUGCAGAUGCAAAAGCUGCUUCGCACCGAACGGCCACCGAUCUUUUCGGUAAUAUUUUCCACCUUUGAUAGGUCGUGGUGUAAUUCUAGCAGAGUAGUUUAUAGCACGCAUGGUGCAUGGAGUAGCAUGGAGGGCGGCAUGGAGCGCAGAUCUCUAAGGGACGCAAGAGGCGUCCCCUUUAGCUCCAUGCGAUCCAUGCACUCCAUGCCAUGCGAGCGGGCAAACCUUAUAAAUUAGUCUGUUCUACUAGUAAACGAGUCGUGUUCGAGCACUUUACUCUCCGCUUCAAAGUUUCUUUCACUGUCACGACAAAUCCUUUCAUCAUUGUUUUUUCCCCUCGUUUUCUUGUACUUACUAACUCGGGCUGUAAGUGGAGGACGGUGAGAUAGCAUUCUCGUACAACAAGUUCGUCACACAUACACAGGGACAGGCCCAAAAUCAACAUUGCUAGGUUGUUCGAGCUUAUUCGCUCAGUACUUAAAUCAAUGAAGAAAGUUGUACCAACUGACUGAUUCGCCCAAUAAAAAUUGAAUUGAAUCAUCAAGAAGACUACUCCUAUUUGAAGUUGAAUUUACUCCGCUCAACAGCGUUACAACGUAAAGCGGAUUUAUCAAAUUUGUGGGGAAAAUAUCGAGGGACAGCACGCAGCUGACCUUGGAGCGCGACCGACGCUGAGGGCCCACAUUCCGAUAGUGGAGCAAGAGUUCGACUUCCCACCCUGGUUCAAAGAGGCUACCUCAUUUUAAGGCUUUUGUUUUGAUUAUGUUAAUGCAGGGUACAACGCAUACUUACUUACGCAAGUGACAUUAGUUACACUUACAGUGAGUUACACAACCUACAAUACUAAGCAGUCCAUUCAUCAUUAUUUAACAUCUUCACGCACUUCUUUGACCUCAUAUCGCUCCCGAGCGUAGAUGUGCGGCGAGCGUAGAGCCUGCGGGGAGCAAGUCGGUGCCCUGCGGGUGCAUCCUGAUUGAUUAUCUGACCACGUACUUCCUUGACCUUGUUCUUGACGAGCAGAAGCAAGCGCCUUGCAUUGUCUUUCCCUUAUUUGAGAGAGACCCCCACCAGCACUUUUUUUUAUCAUAGAAGGGAAAAACACGUGAAGGUCAAAGAUAUGAAGAUGCUUGAGAUCAUGAAAGACAAAGACGUGAGUCAUCUAGUCGCCCACAAGCUCUAAUCAUUAGCCGGCAAGUAUUAUGGUUUCAAUUUUGUAAAUCCGCAAGUACCAUGCUUCCGUGUUCCUUACCCUGCGCGCUCUACGUCAACAACAACAACCACGACGAUGGAGCCACCCACGACGACGACGACGACGUCAGCACCGUCCAGAGAGCUGAAAGAAAAGAUAUCCAAGAAUAUGGAAAUAAGACUACGAGGACCACCAGAGGAGUAUGGGAAUAGAGCUCCACGACGAGAGGACGGCGCUGCCGGUGCAGGAUCAGUAGACGAGAUGAACGAGCUUCUACAGGAUAGAAUUGGAGGAGCAGACCAAGGGCUAGGGAAUCGCGCUUUAUCUAUCGAAGAUUAUGAUCCGACCGAUAUCCGGAAGGAUCACUACUGGAUUGGAAAUCUGACUACCUCACUUAUGGCAACAUCGUAGGAGGACAUAAGAGAGGACAUUAUUUACAUAAGAGACAUAACCAUAAGAGACAUCAUGCAUGGAGGACAUUAGUAGAGACAUUUACCUUUAUACAAGUCUUCAUCAGAUGAAUUCGUGAAUAGUCUCAUUAUUUCGGUCGUAAUACUAAUGCCGCGUCCUACUUUAUGUACGAAUUAUAGAUACAUGAAUUUGAUAAAGCGAAAGCAUUCUAUUAGACGAAGAUUCAGGAUUACGAGUAACAGCAUGAUACUAAUAAUCAUAAUUACGCACCACAACUCGUAAUUUGAUUUGGUCUGUUUCUGUAUGUGUAUAGCAAGUAUCUACGAAAUCCAAACAAGAUGAAGAUGUUCUUGUUUCUCGGACUUUUUGUUAAGCUUAACUUUAAGACAUGAUUAGUUACUGACUGCCCGAAAUGUAUUAUGUCCUCCCAGCACACCCACUGCCAGCCACUGGCUCGACACUCUAAGCCUGAUCUGAAUUCCUACACCGCGACCGCCGGUCAGGGUCACAUAGCAGACGGAACAGCGGUCCUUUCGCCAGGGCAGGGACUUACAACAGGCGGAUUCACCCUGGGCGUUCAGAUUAUUCAGCUUCGACGCGUCUACGGUCCAGAUCAUACCAAGAAUCCUGGGCAAGUAGACAACUGGGUCAACGACGAUCCAGGCGACUACUACGUGCGCUCCCAGAGACCUCACGAAAGCCACCGAAAGGAUCGGGUCAUGUUCGACAUCGAAGCGACUCUACGCAUCAGGCCACAAAUCCAAGGAGGAUAUUUGGGAGGUAAAAAGAUAAACUAGAUCAGAUUUAGAAUGUUCACAUAGUUCUCAGUCAGGAAAAUGAUGAUGCAAGUCUUAAGUAGGAUAGCACGUUCGUAUGUUCGUAAUAAACAUUGAUAAGGAAGAACGCUCUGGCACGAAUAAAUAUAAAAGAUUAUUUGACUCAUAAUUGAGUAACGAUGAAAUUGACUAGAAUGAGUAAGUGCUUAACAAAGAGAGAAAUACACACCAUGAGUAGCGAGAUGAUGCAAGUCUUAUAAGUAGGACGAACUUCUUUCAUGCUACCAACCACGCCGCCCUACCCAACGCGUCACUGAGUUGUUCUUGGUUUAGAGGGGCCUCAAUAUAGAGCAAGAAAUACAACAAUUAAGCUCACAGUCGCCCUGGCGUCAAAAGAUACAUCCAGAACAGGUAAAUGAAUGAAUGAAUGAAAAGGUCUUCUUCAUUGGGUCGUGCACAUCCAUAGUACUUACAAGCGCACACGUCCCAAAAUGUCCCAAGUCGAAGUCGGAUCAUCCACUUGCACAUGUUCGAUCCAUAGUCAUUCAUAAGCACCAUCCGAAUCUUCUUCACGACACUGUAUAGGAUUUAGGCACGCAUAGCGCAUGGAGUGGUGCAUGGAGCACAUGCAACUUCUACUAUAACAAUCAUCUUCACUUUUCCAGGUGGUUCCGACUGGGUAUUGAUGGAGUCGUUUGCAGUGACGCAGCUGGCCGUGAUGGAUCACGCGCUGUCCCCAAUGGAGCAAGACUAAGGCUAAUGAGUAAGUAAUAUCUCUUCCUUUCUUGCACUCUGAAGGCCUACAUGAUUAUUCCCACAGACAUUGACAUUCUUCAUUAUAGACAUUCAUAGAAAAGUCCAUAGUACGUGAGACUCGCCGGCAAAAUUCAAAUUUAAUAAGCCGAUUUUCAUAAGCUGGAGCUGGACAGAAAAUAAUCCACGAUAGUUGAUAGCCAGGAUGAAAGACUCGUUGCUAGAAUCUAUUCGUCAUGAACGUCUGAAUCUACAUUCGUAAACAUUUUUUAACUACAGACAUCAGCAAACAUGAAAUACAAUAAGAGUCCAUCUUUCUUACUGUAGUAGUUGAUACGCUCCUUUUCGAUAUUAUGAAGAUUCUAAUUUCGUAUGAAACCGCUGCUGGACUACGUGACUCCUGCGCACUGGUUUCGGGAUACCUUUUUUGGUAAGGACGACAAAGGAGCCGGAGAUCCGCACUAUCCACAAAAUUUUUAUAAGACGUGCGUAGCCGUGAAUCGAGCUCUCGCUUACACGUUUGCCGGCGUCUUCAAGGAUAAAGACAAGGGGUACAAUCAGAUUUACCCGGUGCGCUUAGCCAGAUGCAACUCGUUUUGGCCCCUAGUUAUGGUUUCACCACGAUGGUUUCCAUUUCAUUUCACCUGUAAGUAACUUCGACAAUUUGUUAUAUUAUAUAUAAAUAUAUAAGUACUCCAACUCCUAAAUGUAUGGCUCUGGUAUUUGGUAACCUGAAUUGGAUCCUAAGGGUUCUCUUCUUGUUUUCCCUUAGGAUCAAAUUCAGGUUACCAAAUACCAGAACCAUUCACUAAAAAUAUAACUACUUGGCUUUACUUCCUGAUGUCAAUAUCAUGUCCUCUUCAUAGGGAUGAGUGUAGUACUGGUAGAUUACGAAAACAGCACCUUUUUUCACUCUGACAUCGUAAUUGUAUUGCUCUUCUAACGUUAGAGGCUUAUCCGACAGUCAGUUUUUCUACGAUGAUGAAACGGACCAGAUCGGCUGGUGGGACCCAUGGUUUAUGGAUGCAGACUACCGACUUGCCCUCCUCCCAACGCAAUAUCGAUCGGACAAAUGUACUUAGAGUCUAAUAGACUUGAUAGAAAUUUUUUUUGGAAUACGUCUGUGAUGUACCCUUCUCCAACUACACGACUUACUUCAAGUACAGGGUUAGUACAGUUGUACAUCAUUUCAUUUUUGAUUAUCAUGUGAAGUAAAACUGAGGCAAUAAUGAACGAGUGAAUCGAAUACGUAGCGAGUCUCUCAUGCAAGAAAACUUUGUUCUUCCUCUAUCUCCAUUACCUGGGAGAAGAUUACGGUAGAUUCUACAUCAUAGCAUAGAACACAAUUUGUUAUAUUCUUGUUUACAACUACCGACCUUUUUUUUUGGAAUUUGUUCCAGUUUCCGACGUGACCAUGAAAGCGGAAGAGGAGAGCGACGUGAAACUGGAAAAGAAGUUCUACCGAACCGCACACGAUAUGUCGGUGGGCCUCAUGCACCGGAAGCACAGCCAGUUCCACAAUCGCGUUUUGCGGUUUAACUUAAGGCUUCCCCUGAUGAUCCAUCUCUUCUAUAUAAAGGAGGGAUCCCUCAACCGUAUGCGCCAAAAUUAUACAAACAAGGGGAAUUAAUAGUGACGCAUACAACGCUUGAGGGAUUAGGAUUUCCACCGGGAUGAAUAAGGGAGAGGUCUAAUUAACGGGAGAGCUCGCUGCAAGCGUGAGGACGGUAAAGCUGGUUGUCACGAACGCACGGACUAUCUCGCUCUUGUCAUGGCAAUUAUUUUCACCAUCAUCGUGGCUGUUCUGGUUCGCACAAUAAUAAGAAUCUUGAUCGAAAUCAGUGAGAUCUGUACGGUCAUCCAAACCUGCGAAACCGAAUUCAUGUACAACAGAAAUCCCCAUGACAUAACAAAUUGGGCUCCGUCGAAUCUUCUAGCGGCCGUCCACGGACCGGCGACCCUGACCGCGCAAAAAGGUAAAGGAUGGAGCUGGUGAAUACGAUGAAUCCAUGCAUAUGAUUAUGAAUGUAUGUUGAUACGUAUUUAUUAAUUUAUUAAUUCAUGUGUGUUGAGUGGAGGUGCCGGCGUUGCGGAAGUAAAUAGCAUGACUCCAUGGUGUUCGGAUAUAUGAUAACUUCCAGUACUACAUCUUCAUCAUGGUGCAUGUUUUUUUCAACAUCAUUAAAGUGUACUGUUUGACAUUUGCGAUGACGCCAUAGAAGUAUUGAUAUCAGAUACUACAUAGUUACUGGGGUUUACCGGCGAGAUAAGUAGAUAGUUCCGAUUGAAACGUGGUACUUGUUUGAGUUCUUGUUAUGCCUAAUUGAUUCUUUUUCUUGUUUGCUCUUCAUCCGUAUUCAUUGGUCUUGUCCUAAGGUCUUAAUCUUAAUCUUACAUACAACUGGUUCUUCAUUAUCAAAAUAUUGAUUUUAAGCUUAUCCUAAGUGUUUCUUAAUCAUUAAUCUUAAUCUUACAUACGGGCUUUUCAUCUACUUCUUCAAGCAAAAUCGAAACAAGUGAGGGUAAUCGUGCAGAUCUGACUUCAAAGAAAAAUACUCAAAUGUAGAUUCGCACACGCUGAGGCAAGUCACGAUUUUAAUUACAGGGAAAGGCAGCAGAUCUUCAACGUGCUGCAGAAUGCAAUAAAUUCAAAUCCUUUACAACAUCUAUAUUUGCAUGUGAAAUUCAAAUGUAUAGUGUCGGACAUUUCUUCAUCGAGUUCGAGACAUCAAGAAUGAUAUCUUCAAAGUGUCCUU